AUGCAAUGCGCGGCGUUGGACAAUGUUAUAAAUAUUGUCACUGGGGUGUCGCAAAUGCACUCUCCCUCGUGCAUUCAGCAAAAAGCCGCCGUGCCCCACAGCCCCAGCAAUGCGCGCAGCAACAGCCGAGACACACGCCUACGCAGAGUGCCGUCACCUUGUCCUUCAUCGUGCUUCAAGUCUGCACUGUGCUUGGACGCACCGGAACUGUUGCCUGGCCGAGAAGUGUCGGGGGUGUUCUUCGCGGGAGACUGCUCGGUCCCGCUGGUUGGAACAGGGCCGCUGCCUGAGCCUGCUGCCGCGUUUGGGGCGGUGUCCCUCGCUCGUGGGGCAGGCAUUUCACUCCCGCUGGCUUCUUCGGGGCCAACUCCAGGUGCCCCGAUGUCUGCGCCUCUCACUGGUGACACCGCAAGCGGCGGAGCACUGCUGCCGGUGCUUCCCUCGUGCGCAGCACCAUCGCCACGCCCUUGGAGAGCGGCGUCGACGUCGUUGGGCUGCAUCGCGGGAUCAGGCCCCUUCCCACCACCGCUGUGGGUAUCGCUGAGGCCUAGUGCAUUUUGA